GGAGUACAUUUGAACAUUUUAUGAUAAUAUCAUGCAUUCAAUUGACAAUUAAAGAUUUUUAUUACUAUUUCUUAAAAUUUUGUAUAUUUACUGUUUAGUAAAUAAAAUAAUUGUUACGGGAGGGAUAAUAUUCAAUACAAAGUUGCAAAAAUAUUUUAUUAUAAUUUUAAUAUCCAGCAAAAAUGGCUGUGAACGGCAGCUUAGGAUCAGACUGUUUCAAAUUCAACUUCGCAAUCGUAUCUCGAAUCUCAAAAACUUUUGUAGACAGUUCCACGUUUCCUCUGCGCGAUGGCCAGACAAUAAACCUGGAGAAGGCUCGCAAGGAGCACGAAGACCUGGUCGAGGCCCUGCGCCGGGUGGGUCUCGAUGUCAUCGAACUACCGACAGACGAUAACAACCCGGAUGGAAUAUUUGUCGGAGAUAUCGCCGUCGUCAUCAAUGGCACCGCCCUGAUGUGCAAUCCACCCACGAUCAAGGAUAAGCCGACCAGGCAACGAGAACUGGUUGUGGUCCGCCAAGUGUUGAGGAAAGAGUUGGGUCUGAAGGUUAUAGAGGUUGAAACUGAGAAGGCCAUCAUUGAGGGAGGUGAUGUGCUGUGGACAGGUCGCGAGAUUUUCGUGGGCCUAUCAGAAAGAACGAACUUGUUAGGGGCCCAAAUGGUUGCGAAGGCAUUCCCUGAGUACCCCACCACCGUCGUGAAGGUCUACCCACCUGCCUUCCACUUGAAGGAUUACAUUGGCAUGGCUGGUCCCGAGAUCAUGGUCAUCGGAAAAAGUGAUGGCGCCCAGAAGACUUUUGCUGAAAUACGAAACUCGGGAGCGAUAGGAUACAAAUACAUAAGCGUGGAUGAGGACGAAGCUGCUAACGUCAUCUACGUCAACCGGACACUACUACACCUCAAUCAAGAUCAGAUACCGAAAGGAGCGGCUGUUUACUUAAACAAGAUCGAUUUCUCUCGCGUGUCGAUAAAGAUGGAAGAGCCAUUAAAAAGAGGUUGUUCGCUGACCAACUGCAUCCUGUUGGUCAACAGAGUGAGGCAUCCAAAAAAAAUCCCGACCACCGUCCAAUGAAAAAUCAAAUGAUGAUGCAAUCUCUUUUCUGAUUGGAUGUCUAAAUUUUUUAAAUUGCCUAAUUGUAUGGUUGGUUGAUUGGUUGGUUUGAUUGGUUGGUUAGUUGGUUGGUUGGUUGGUUGGUUAGUUGGUUGGUUGGCUGGUUGUGGGAUUGGUUGACAGCUUUUGUAAAUAUUGUUUGAUUGGCUGAUUAGUUGACAAUCGGUUGAAAAGCAUCUGAUAGAAAUUAAAUAGAUAGAAAUAAGAAAUAAAUUGAAAGAAAAAAAGGGAAUAAAAUAGAAUAAAAGAAAGGAAACAAGAGAAAACAACAAACACACAAACUCAAAUAAUUUAAAAAAUUUUCACUGCAGCCAUUUUUUCUCCAUUCUGAAUAAUCCCGAUUAAUUUUUUUCACUACAAAAACUUAUUUAAAAAAAUAAAAUGUUUUCAAUUACGAUAAUUAUAUAAUAUCAUAUAUUUUCACAUAAUUUUACUUUUAAUACAUUUUAUUCCACAUGAUUCAUUUCAUAUUGUAUUACAACAAGUCUACGAUGAUUCCAUGCUAAUAUAUUCAGAAUCUGUAUGAGCCAUUUUG